AGCCGGUCGGCGACUAACUUUACAUGUGUAUUGCACUUGUGGGAACUUGACAAAAAUCUUCAGCGGACUUCUCACGGUUGUGAUCCCGUCUACUGUUUGUGUGUCGACAGACCUGGCUGACCUUUGAAUCAGGCGAUAAUCGCACGAUGGGACAACAAUAGAAAAAGUGUGUUCCCCAGACUGGUUUAAAACUUUCGUUUGACUCUAUGGGGAAGCCACAUAUUAUCAAACAUGUGUUGAAUUGAGUAAUAAUCAACGUGUUGGGGGGAAUAUUUCGUUAAAAAGAGUUGUUUAAACAUUAUGGAGGAAACAUUUGAUUGGCCGAUUUUAACACUUUGCUUGUUCUAACAUUAAGAACAAUUUGGAAAACUUUUCAUUCUUUUUGUCAACUUCAUGGUGUUUGUAUAUUUCACGAAUGACUGAAGUCCAGAGUUAUUUUGCUAGAGAAUGGCUCGAAGACAUGGCAUCCGUAUCAGCCACUUCGCAGGUACAGUGCUGGGUUUACUUUUCGGAGUUUUGCUGUCAUCCUGGUGCCGCCAGAGACUUCUACCGUGUUUACCUAUGACUGGACCCUGUUGCACAGUACAUGUGAAUUACCAUGUUGACAUCGCUGUUGAACAUAUACAAAUUCAAAAUGGACAAUUUAUCGAAAGUGUUGAUAAUAACAUGAAAAAUUAUGAGGAGAGUUCCAAAUCGCAUGGAAUGGACUUGUCAACUUAUAUUGAUAAAGAAGAAAAGAGUUUUCUAUUGAUUGGAGUUAUCACAGCAAAGAAGUUUUUAGAUACACGGGCAGUAGCCGCCUUUCAAACCUGGGCUCAGACUUGUGUUGGAACAUGUAAGGUUUUAUUUUUUUCAAGUGAAGGUUCGACAACGAAGAGCAAAAUUCCUUUAGUAAGUUUAGAUGGAGUUGAUGAUGCAUACCCACCACAAAGAAAAUCACUGUUGAUGUUAAAAUAUAUGCAUGAUAAUUAUAUCAAUAAUUUUGAAUGGUUUAUACGAGCUGAUGAUGAUGUGUUUAUCAAGGGUGACAGAGUUGAAAAAUUCCUUAGAUCUAUUAACAGCUCAAUGCCACAGUAUAUUGGACAGGCAGGCAAAGGAAAAAAAGACGAAAUUGGAAAAUUGCAUUUGAAUGAGAUGGACAAUUUUUGUAUGGGUGGACCAGGAAUAGUGUUCAGUCACGAAACACUUCGUCAAAUGUCACCUCAUAUUGGCAGCUGUCUCCACAAUCUCCUGACAACCCACGAAGACGUAGAGGUGGGACGCUGUGUCAAGUAUUAUGUUGGAAUUGCAUGUACCUGGGCAUUUGAGAUGCAGCAGUUGUUUUACCAGAACUACAAGGAAGAAAUUGGGUCAUUCCAGACAACAUUAAAAGACAAGGCUGUCCGUGUGGCCUUGACCCUUCACUCUGUCAAGGAUCCAAAGCAGCAAUAUCGCAUUGCAAAUUACCUUCGUUCGCUUCAUAUAGAGGACCUCCACCAAAAAGAGCUCAGCCUCCAAAGGGAGAUAACUGUGGUUGACAGGAUUACAGGUUUACAUAAAGGAAGUAGUGUAAUUAACAAACAAGGGUUGUCACCAUCAGUGAUGAAGUUUUCACCAAAAUCAGCUGAUGAGAUUCUUUCGUGGGAAUUUAUUUCCAAGUCUGUUAUUUCUCACCAAGAUUCCAACCCUCGGCAUGGUUUAACUCUUCCCAUUAAAACAACGAUGGAGGAAGUUAUUAUUCAAGUGAUGCAAAUGGUGAAUAGAAAUGCUUGUCGAAAAGGUCGGACGAUAGACUUCAAAAGUCUGUGGUAUGGCUACCAUCGGGUAAGUCCUUUACAUGGAGCCGAUUAUGUGCUGGAUCUGUUGCUCACUUACAGAAAACACAAGGGACGGAAAAUGACUGUGCCUGUUCGUAGACAUGCUUAUGUACAGCAGGUGUUCGGUGGUAUAGAAUCCAUAGAAGAUCCCUUUACCUCUCACAAACACUCGUAUGAAUCGGAGUUUGAAUCGCCCUUUCUAUUCAAAGACCUCGGUGCUGGAAGUGUCUAUGAAACACUACCAUCAAAAAAUAAAAUGGCCGAGACAAUACAUUUUAUACUGCCCUUGUCGGGCCGCCUUCAUAUAUUUGUGAGAUUUUUAGAGAAUUAUGAGAAAACUUGUCUCAGAACUAAAGAAAAUUGUCAGUUGCAUGUGGUUCUGUUCAACAAAGACAUGGAAGCCAGUGUUGUUGAGGACCUUGUUAACUUAGUGGGGAAGUACCAAAAACAAUAUGGGGGAUCAAGUAUAGAAGUGACAUUUGCCGACGGUCCUUUUGCUCGUGCCAAAGCAUUAGAUAUGGGAGCAGCCCAGUGUGAGAGCGAUUCUUUACUGUUCUUCAUUGAUGUGGAUAUUAAGUUUAGUAGGGAGGCUCUGAUGAGGAUUCGUCUCAACACCAAGAAGGGUGUGCAGGUGUAUUACCCUAUAGUGUUUAGCCAGUUUGACCCCGUCCUUAUAUGCAAUGAAACCCACCCUUCUUGUGAAGUGAAUUGGCGAGACUUUUCUUCCGAAAUGGGGUACUGGCGUAGCUUUGGCUACGGCAUUGUGAGUUUGUACGGAAGUGACUUGUCGGCUGUGGGAGGAUUUAACACCUCCAUUCAGGGCUGGGGUAAGGAGGAUGUGGAUCUCUACUCCAAGUUCUGUGACAGCAACAUUACCGUGUUCAGGUCUAUAGACCCACACUUAGUUCAUGCUUUCCAUCCCAUCAUAUGUGACACAAAGCUUGAGGAAGCCCAGUAUCAGAUGUGUCUGGGCUCUCGAGCUUCCAGCUAUGCUCCUGUAAACAAGCUAGCAAACAUUGUGUACAACCAGCCUAAGAUUCUUAACAGAAACAAACCAGUGAUGGGGCUUAGUUGAUGUUUGCUAUGCUUAGAUACAUCAUCAUCACUGUCAUCAUCAGCACUGUCAUCAUCCUCAUCAUCAUCAUCAUCAUCAUCAUCUACAUUUACAUCUACAAAAUUACCACUGCCAUUAUGUAUCAUGAAUGCCAUGUCUGCAAAUUUAUGCCAUUAUCAUUGUAUUCAUACGUUUUGUUUAAUAGGUAUUAUUUUUACAUGCAACAACAUGCACCCUUGUAUGCCUUAUAUGGUGAGAAGAGAUUGACUUUUACGAACCUCAACGAAAACAAAAUUUUCUAAUUUUUUCUAUUUUGUACAAAUGUAAAUUUGUGUAUGGUCCUGUUUUUCAAGGAAAUGAAAGUUGAACAAUUUAUACAAAUUUAUAGUUAGCCAUAAUUCAACAAUUUACAUACAUUAUAGGUAUUUACAGUUCAAUGUUUUAUACACAUUUUAUAGGUAACACAUCACAGUCACAAAUCAUGCCAAAGUUUAGAGUGAAAUGUUCUGAAACUGAUAGUGCCUUUGUAUACAAGAUGGAGAAAGAGUCAUUUUAGAAUGGAACGACAUACUAUUUACUGGUGCCUUUAUUUCAAUAUGAAAUAUUAACAAGGGAACAAUGAAUAUCAUUCAUGUACUUUUCAUUAGUGUCUAUUGUUUUCUGAUAUUGUAUGGUUGAAUUUCAAAUUGGAAGAAGAGAGUGACUUUAAUAUAUAUACUAUUUUUUUGUGCAGAUAAGAGUUAUCUCCCCUUAAAUAUUUGUCUUCACUGAUGAGCGAGACAAUUAUUUUUGUUAACUGUUGAUAAUUAUCACUGAUAGAUCUCAGUUAAGAGAUAACAUGAUAUACAUAUGCUAUGAUAAAUCCCAGCAUUCACUGAUAUUGGGACACCAUUUCAACCUGAAGCCAGAGACAUAUAUUCAUGUGUCUGCAGAAACUGGUAAACUGGUUUGUUUUUCUUGUAUUUCUGACACAAAACCACAUUAAAUCUUUAAACUGAAACAUAUAUACGUUUUUUUAAGACCAUUCAUAGCUGUAGACUGUUUAUUUGUGUUCAUCCGUCUUAAGAUAUAAAUGAAAUUAAAAUCGUAAUUAUGCAAUAUAUAAUUCUCACUGUACUCUACAUGGCAGGACGGCAGAGUAAUAAUAAGCAGGUGAUAUAAAGCCCUGUGGAAUACAGGUAUAUGUUCUAGAUAAACUGAAUAAGAUAGGUUAAACUAGUACUCGGUUAUACUGGAAAUAAGCUUUCAUUGUCAGAAGUGCAUGAAAACAAAACCUGAUUAAACUUUCCCCUGUCGAACAUCGAGUACAAUAAGUGUACAUUAACAUAAGGAUUUAAUUAGUUGUCUACAACACGUUGGUGUCCAGCACUGAAGUUGUUCUGAAGAAAAUAAGAACCUGGCCAUGUGAAGAUGUAUGUGUCUCUAAACAGACACUUUUAUGAUAAGUAUGCAUGUUUUAUUACACAUCAAUUAUACAGUCUGCCUGUCCGUGGAAUCAGGGCCAUAAAUCAACAGUCGGAAACUUCCCCAUAGGAACCUAGACAGACACAAAAUGGUGCUACUACCAUAGGUCACACCAGGAAGCUAUACCUUCACGAUUUAUCUGGGUAAGCUGACAUGUUCUCAAACUGUCACAUGGUGCUGCUACCAUAGGUCACAUCAGGAAGCUAUACCUUCACGAUUUAUCUGGGUAAGCUGACAUGUUCUCAAACUGUCACAACCAGACCUUAUUAUAUAAUUUACAGGAAACUUCAUUAUAGUUUCCCUAGGUUCUACAUGAGAUUAAAUUUGUAUUUACAUAACUGUAUUAAUAUUUAAGGAUACAUUAUCACUACACUUUUGAUAUAUACCUUUACACAACCAAUGAACUCUCUGAGUCAAUUUUGCCAUGGAAGAGUCAAAAUAUUUUUUUAAUUUCGAUUCUUGUUGGACAUGCUUACUUGCCAAAUUGAUUAAAUUGGCAGUAUGAUCUCUACAGUAACAAUGCUAUUGACAUCAUUUUCUGCGACUGUACAUGUAUGCUACUGUAACAUUUAAAGACCAUGUCUUAAUUUGUUACCAAACGUGGCCAGUGUGUAUCAACAUGUGUACAGUAAAGUAGAAGAAUGUCUGAGUUAGAUUUUAACUAAUUUGAAAUUAAAAAUAAAAUGAACCUGUACAAGUGGUACUUUCACAUGCAUACAGAACUGUUUCAUAAAUAAAUGAUGCUUGCCAGCUC